CCUCCUCCUCGCAGCUUCCCCACACCGGUCCGCCCGCAUUUCCCGCUGCCCAUGGCGCUGAAGCGGAUACAGAAGUAUAAACCUACCCAAUUUUAUGCCUGAAAAUUUGAGAAGCAUUUCCUUCACAUCAAAGUCAUGAAAAAAAAUACUGAAGAGUACCAGAUUCAGGACUGAUUUCAUUUCAUCACUCCACUUGAUAUCACAUUCAGGUAGAAGAACUAUUGAGCAGGCUUCAGAUACAUUUCUUGGACCAGCGAUGUACAGUAUUCAUUGUCUUCUUUUAACUGGAGCUAAGUGAUCUGCAGCGUGACCCACCUGCACAUUGUUCGGCUGGACCUGUUGGAGAUGACUUGUUUCAUUGGCAAGCAACUAUUAUGGGACCUCCCGACAGUGCUUAUCAAGGAGGAGUCUUUUUUCUUACAGUUCAUUUUCCAACAGACUAUCCAUUCAAACCACCAAAGAUUGCAUUCACUACAAAAAUAUACCAUCCAAACAUAAAUAGCAAUGGAAGUAUUUGUCUUGAUAUCCUGAGGUCACAGUGGUCACCAGCACUGACUGUAUCUAAAGUGCUUUUGUCCAUAUGCUCUCUACUUUGUGACCCUAAUCCAGAUGACCCUUUAGUACCAGAUAUUGCACAAAUCUACAAGUCAGACAAGGAAAAAUAUAACAGACAUGCAAGAGAAUGGACACAGAAAUAUGCAAUGUAAACUUUGAAGACAUUUUCUUAUAUACCAGAGUACUGUAAAUUUUAGGGUUUUUCAAAAUUAGAAGUAAAUGGAGCACAGUUUACUGUUUUCAGUGUACCAUGAAGCCCUUUUUGAUUUUUACCCAUGUAAGUGUGUUUCUGGAACAAGGAAAUUAACUACAAAAAUUAACCUGAAGACUGUGACGAGAGUAUUUAUCCUUUCUGUAUGCUUUGCAAAAGACAUUUAUUAUGUUUUUUUAAAGAUACUUGGACAUCUGCAUCUUCAGCCUACAAGAUUCAUAGUGCAGUUGUAGAGCAACCAAACUAUUUUUUGCUGAAAACUAGGUGGUACAUAAUAAAUAUUCUGUGUAUUUGAGAUGUCAGUCUUGUAAGUCUGUUUGAAUGUCAUUCUUUGUUAGCUCAUUGUAUAAUUUGUAUUUUUUUACUGUAUAGACUAUAUUUUAUUUACCAUAUAUUUCAACUCAUUUUAGACUUUCUGCACAGUAUUGAAAAAUACAACUGCUACUAAAUGAGUGAAGUAUUCCUUCCCAAAGGAAUAUUCUAUAAACUGAUAGACUCCUAAAAACAAACUUUGCACUCUAAUCUUCAGUAUGCUGAUUAUGGGGAAACACAUGGUUUUGAUUUUGUUGCAUACUUCUAUUGCAAUGUGAACUAAUUGCACUGCUCUGUAGAAAGAAAUGUAACUAAUUUUAUUCUAUUCACAGCUGACUUUUUAUCCUAUAUGGGCAAUAUAAUCUCUGACAUGUUAACAAAAUUGACUUGAAGCUUUUCCGUAUAAAUAAAACAUGUUUUUUACUACU